CCGGAGCCCCUCCGCCCUGGGGGGGGGAUUGGAGGGGCGGGGGGCUGCGGCAGGACUGGCCUGUCCAUCCCCGGUGACCUUCCAUCACCACCUCCUCCCGCCCCUCCCGCCGCCGCUGCUGCCGCCGGACCUGCCGCAGGUCCGGGGCUCCGUCGAGGAUGGACCCGGCGCCCCCCUUGUCCCGGGAGGGGUCCCCCCCAGCCCCGCACCCCUGCCCCGUGUGCGGCCGCCGCUUCCGCUUCCCCUACUACCUGGCCCGCCACCGGCUCAGCCACAGCGGCCAGCGGCCCCUGGCCUGCCCGCUCUGCCCCAAAGCCUUCCGCAGGCCGGCCCACCUGGCUCGCCACCGCCGCGCCCACGGUCCCCAGCCCCCGCUCCGCUGCGCCGCCUGCCCCCGCCGCUUCCCCGACCCCGGCCAGCUGCGCCGACACCUGCUCGAGGCCCACGGGGAGCAGCCGGACGAAGGCCGCGGCCAGCAGCAGCAGCAGCAGCAGCAGCAGGAGGACGAGGAAGGCCGAAGGCGGGAGGAGGCGGAGGAGGAAGGCCGGGGGGACCCCGAGGAAGCCGAGCCUUCGAGCGGGGCCCAGCCCGAGGAGAAGCAGGUGCUGCUGCAAGAGGACUGGACGCUGCUCUGCCUGCGCUGCCGACAGGCCUUCCCCACCAAGGGCGAGCUCAAGGCCCACCCCUGCCUCAGCCCCGGGGCCGCCCCGCCCGCCCAGGGCCCCCCGCCGGCCCCCAAGCGCCACCAGUGCCCCGUCUGCCACAAGGCCUUCGCCCGGCCCUGGUCCCUCUCCCGCCACCGGCUGGUCCACUCCCCCGACCGGCCCUUCUCCUGCCCGGACUGCGGCCUGGCCUUCCGCCUGGCCUCCUACCUCCGCCAGCACCGCCGCGUGCACGGCGCCCAGCUCCCGCCCGCCGCGGGCUCCCCGGGCCCGGCCCGGCCCGAGGCGGCCGAGGGCCCCGGGCCGGCCGGCGACGGGCAGCGGCGCUCCCACGCCUGCGGCGUGUGCGCCCGGGCCUUCAAGAGCCGCUACGACCUGGCGGCCCACGCGCGCAUCCACACGGGCGAGCUGCCCUUCCCGUGCCCCCAGUGCGGGAAGCGGUUCCGGCGGCGCUCGCACCUGCGGCAGCACGGGGUCACCCACACCCGCGCCCGCCCCUUCCAGUGCGUGCUCUGCCAGCGCGAGUUCAAGCGGCUGGCCGACCUGGCCCGACACCGCCAGGUGCACGCGGGGGACCGCCCGCACCGAUGCCCGCUCUGCGCCCGACGCUUCUCCCGCGCCUACAGCCUCCUCCGGCACCAGCGCUGCCACCGAGGGGGGACCCCCGGGCCCCCCGGCUCCCCCCCGGGGCCGCCCCCGGCCUCCCCCGGCGGGGACGCGCCGCCCCGGCCCGCCCCCGCCCCCGCCCCCGCCUUCCUCAGCGCCUCUUGCUUCGACAGCCAGGACCACUCGGCCUUCAUGCUGGACCUGGAGGACGAGGAGGAGGAGGAGGAAGGAGAUGUGGGGGACCUGAGCGCAAGGCCCUCCUGAUCGAUGCCCUCCCCUCCCGGCCUCGCCCCUUCCCCCUUCCCCCCCCAACCAGCCUCGACUCCGGGGUGCCCUCGAGACCUCCGGCCGGGAGCCGGGAUGGGUGAAAGGGGACACGGAGGAAAAAAGACGGGGGGACUUCGGGAGGUCGUGGCCUGCUCCGUCCGGCCACCGCCAACUCCGUCCCUCCCCUCGUUGCUCAGAGCCCCCUAACUCUAGAGAAGCGGCGGGGCUUAGCGGAAGGAGCACCGGCUUCGGAGUCGGAGG